AUGCUGUGGGUUACUCUGCUGAGCACAAUUGCUCUCGGAUGGACCACUCCGAUCCCUCUGCUAGACGACUCGGAGGAGAUAGACGAGCCUUGCUUCGAGCCCUGUGACUGCGAGGUGAAAGAGGGCCUGUUCCACGUCCACUGUGACGGCAAAGGAUUUACAAAUGUCAGCCAGGUGUCACAGUCCUGGCUGAGGCCUUUUAAGCUCUACUUGCAGAAGAACUCCUUACGCAGGCUUUACUUCAACAGCUUCCUGCACUUGAACAAUGCGGUGGCCAUUAAUCUGGGCAACAAUGCUCUGCAGGACAUCCACGUUGGUGCUUUCCACGGCCUCCGGGCCCUCAAGAGAUUGUACCUCCAUGAAAAUAAGCUGGAGGUGUUCCGCAACGACACGUUCCUCGGACUCGAGUGCCUGGAGUACCUCCAGGCCGACUACAACGUCAUCAAGAGGAUAGACAGCGGGGCGUUCAGAAACCUCCACAAGCUGCGGGUGCUGAUCCUGAAUGACAAUUUGAUACCUGCACUGCCCAGCCUCCUCUUCAGAGCGGUGUCUCUCACGCACCUCGACUUGCGUGGGAACCGGCUCAAGGCUCUUGCCUACAGGGGCACGCUGGAGUACAUAGGGCGCACGCUGAUGGAGAUCCAGCUGGAGGAGAACCCGUGGAACUGCGUCUGUGACAUCGUGCAGCUGCAGGCGUGGCUGGAGCGCAUCCCUUACACGGCGGUGGUGGGCGAGAUCACCUGCGAGCAUCCUUUUCAUCUGCACGGGAAGGACUUGAGGGAAAUAAAGCGCACCGAGCUCUGUCCGACCUUAAGCGAGGCGGAGGUAGAGGCCCGUUUUGGGAUCCCCCAUUUACCGUUCUACACGGAGGGGAGAGCCAGGCCCACGAAGCCUUCCUCCAUGUUCUCUGUCAACCAAAACACGGCCUCGACGGAGCAGAAGGAGAAGUCCGUGAAGCCUACGAAAAGGCCAAGGCCUUCCAGGACUCCCCCAACCCCUCGCAGUGUGUUCCCCAAUCAGCCCCCAAUUGCUGGCUAUCAAACGAGACCCCCCAUCCCAAUCAUUUGUCCAAUUGGCUGUACAUGCAAUUUGCACAUCAAUGACCUUGGUCUGACUGUCAACUGUAAAGAGAGUGGUUUCCGCAACAUUUCUGAUCUUGUGCCACGGCCACUUAAUGCCAAGAAGCUUUACCUCAGUGGGAAUCUAAUACAGAAAAUAUAUAAGUCAGACUUUUGGAAUUUCUCCAGUCUGGACUUGCUGCACCUGGGUAGCAAUCAGAUAGGUUAUAUACAAGAAGGGGCCUUUGUAAAUUUGCCAAAUCUAAAGAGUUUAUAUUUGAAUGGAAAUAACAUUGAGGCUCUAACACUCGACAUGUUCCACGGACUGCAGAGUCUGCGUUACCUGUACUUUGAGUACAACGAGAUCAGAGAGAUCCGUCCCGCCGCCUUUAGUCUAAUGCCCACACUGCAGUUAGUGUUUCUCAACAACAACCUCCUUCGAACACUUCCCAAAGGGACUUUUGCAGGCACCUCCCUUGCCCGACUUAACUUGCGAAACAACUACUUCCACAGCUUGCCUGUCAGUGGCGUGCUGGAGCACCUGCAGGCCGUGGUCCAGAUUGACCUGAACCAGAACCCUUGGGACUGCACCUGCGAUAUAGUGCCCCUCAAGCAGUGGCUGGAUACACUCAGCUCUGUGGUGGUGGUGGGAGAGGUGGUCUGUAAAACCCCAGAGCCUCUCCUGGGCAGGGACCUGCGUUCCCUACCCGUGGAGUUCAUCUGUCCCGAACUCAGGCUCUCCUCCCCUUCGCCUGUCUCCUUUGGCAGCAGCGUCUCAUCCGGCUACCCUGCACUGGGCUCGCAGCCCGCCAAGCCGGUCAUCCCUCUGUCGGUGCUUAUCCUGAGCAUGCUGGUGCUUUUUGUGUCGGCCUUCUUUGCGGCGGCGGCCCUCUGCGCCUACGCUCUGAAACGUCGCGAAAAGCUGCCCUUCAGGAAACAGGGGGAGGUCGGGCUGACCGGCAUUCAGAUGGAGUGUGGGAUAUUCCCCGAGCAGCCUUCUACCAUGCCUGAGACACCGCCCUCCAAUCACGUUUACGACAGCAUCGCUGCCCCCACAGUGCACAUGUGCAGCAACCCCAUUUACAAGCCCAGGCCAGAGGACACUGAACAGCAGCAGCGGCAGCAGCACCAGGAGAAGGAGCUGCUGCCGCACAGCAAAGAGAGCAGGUCGAAUUACAGAACGCUGGCAGAAAAGGAAAAAGAGUGGACCAUGGCUGUGUCCAGCUCCCCCAUAAACACUAUAGUGGGCAUCGGCACCCCGUGCCACGACAUCACAGACUUUCAUGAAAACGGCAUCCUCUGUCCUACAGUGAUCGACAGCCAGGGCCCCACGCCUAAAGUGGGCUUUGUGGAUAGCCUUUUUGGCAACAAAUCCCAGUUCAGUGACAUGCUGGACAGACACACGGCGCACCCACCCCCCGAGUACCCUCACACCAACCAGGACGCCAGGCAAAAGCAAACAAUAACGAUUGAGACAAGGACAGGAUGUCCCAAUCAAACCCAAAGUGAUUACCCUGAAUUGAGGGCCAGGUUGAAAACCAAGGUGGAUUAUAUUGACGUGUUGGAGAGGUCGUAUCAGUUUUAA